AUGUCGACGUGGCAGUUAUUUUCCGAUUCUAGCGGCGGUGGGUUCCGGUGGGAAGUCGCUGGCCAGAUCCUUCAGUCUGAUUCCGAUUCUAAUCCGACCAAGACGCUGAAAUCCACGGCUCCUCUACCUUCCAUGUCCGAUCUCUUGCUCCAAGGAUGCUCGAAGCUUAGAGAACGGGAAGAAACGGUGCCUAGGGAAAUCCCAAUGUUCAGGACUGGGCUGGGGAAGUCUGUAGCUCUAAAAGAGUCUUCGAUUGCUAAAGCCAAAUCGAUUUUAGCAGAUGACAAAUUUGAUCAUUCUGAUUUGCAGAACAGGGGAUGCUCAAAUCUUCAGAAGAGAGAAGUGGAUACAGCUGGAACUUUGCCUAUGUUCAGUACAGCCUCAGGGAAAUUUGUCCCACUGAAAGAGUCUUCAAUUGCCAAAGCUUUCUCUAUUCUUGGGGGUAAUAAUAUGAAUGACUCAGACAACAUUCUUCCCAGGGAGAAUGGAUUUGGUGUUCCCAGUACUCUUUUUCAGACAGCUUCUAACAAGAAGGUUAAUGUAUCUUCUGCCGGUCUGGCAAGAGCCAAGGCAUUGUUAGGACUAGAAGAAGAUGAUUUGAAUGGUUUUAACCAUGUGAACCCGUCCUUUUCUUCCCACCAGCAACAUGAGUGGUCUGGGUUAAAAACUCAUGAGGAGUUUGAUGCUACACCGGCUCACCAUCAUUCAGGAACAGGACAAUAUGAGGGUCAUGUGCCUCCAACAAAGUUUCAGACUGCUGGUGGAAAAUCAUUGUCAGUGUCAGCUGAGGCAUUAAAACGUGCCAGAAACCUUCUUGGAGUCCCUGAGUUGGGGACUUUCUUUGAUGGUGUAGCGGCAGGUGAUCAGUUUGUUACACCACAGAACGAUAAAAGGUUAGGUGAUAUUGCUAUAAACAGUGGAAGUGCCAACAGAGGUUAUAUUACUCAUGAAGGAAACACAAGCAACAAGCAUACGUCAAAUAGCUUUAUAUCUCCUCUUCGGUCAUCUUCAAAGCAAUUUAGAUCAGUCAAAUUGCAGGACUUAGCUUCAGGGAGUAAUUUGAUCAAGAAAUUUGAUGCGGCUGUUGAUGAGACAGACUGUGCUCGGAAUAGUACUAAACUUGCUACACAUGGACUAUCAAAGGAAAAUGGUUUCAUUCGAAGAGCUAAACAAUCUGGAAGGCCAGCUGACCAGCCACUUGUCGAUAUAACAAAUCGCAGUGAUGCAGCUUAUGCAAACAAUAAACUAAACAGUACCCAAAAGAAAAGACUGGGAAAGACAGUCUUCAUUUCUCCAUUUAAAAGGCCAAGGAAUGCCUCCUUUAAAACUCCUUUAAAGAAAAAUGCUCUGCAUGCUUCAAGUGGUUUCUCUGUUGCACCUUCGAAUACACUUUAUUCCAAAAAGGUGCUUUCUACAAGAUAUCCAAUAAGGUCUCCAAGAGUAUAUAUCAAGGAUUAUUUUGGAAUGCCUCCAAGAGCUACGACCAAGAUGGAUUAUGUGUCAGAGCAUGUCAGAAGAAUCAAAUCAAGCAAUGCAGAUAAAUAUGUAUUCCGUGAUGAGUCUUCCUCAAACGAGGUUGGAGCUGACACUUUUCUUCAAAUGUUGGCUGAGUCUGGUUAUUCCGUACAACAUGCAUCUAGAAAGUGGAUAGUCUGGAAACUUGCAUGCUACGAGAAAAACUACCCAGCCAAAUGCAGAGGGAACAUUCUGACAAUCACCAAUGUUCUCGAGGAACUAAAAUACAGAUAUGAGAGAGAGGUCAAUCAUGGUCAUUGCUCUGCAAUCAAGAGGAUUCUGAGUGGUGAUGCUCCAGCUUCAUCAAUGAUGGUGCUCUGCAUAUCUGCUCUUAAUCCAAAGACCGAUAAUGAUUCUCAGGAAACACAUGGUUCUGAUAGUGCCAGCAAUGUGAAAGUAGAACUUACUGAUGGGUGGUACGAAAUUGCUCUUCAUCACAGGUACUCGAUAAAUGCUGCUCUAGAUGUCAUGCUGACAAAGCAGCUGAAUGCUGGAAAAUUGUUUGUUGGGCAGAAGCUUCGACAUGCUUACGUUCUUAUUUAUUAUCUGAAGAUCCUUGGUGCGGGACUUUCUGGCUGGGCUGCCCCAACAUCACCUCUUGAGGCAACGAUUUCAAAUACAAUCUGUUUGUUGUUGAAUAUUAAUGGAACAUACAGAGCUCACUGGGCGGACCGAUUAGGAUUCUGUAAAGAAGUUGGUAUCCCUCUGGCUUUCAACUGUAUCAAGUGCAAUGGGGGUCCAGUGCCUAAAACGUUGGCUGGAAUUACACGAAUAUACCCUAUCCUCUACAAGGAAAGGCGCUCAGCUCUUAUUGAGGGUCUAAUGUGCGAGUACCAGAGAGGAAUCGAUGGUGGCCACAGUCAGAACGACACUGAUAGCGAAGAAGGAGCCAAGGUCUUUAAGCUAUUAGAGACUGCUGCGGAACCUGAACUCCUAAUGGCAGAAAUGAGUCGAGAGCAGUUGACAUCUUUCACUACAUAUAAAUCAAAAUUUGAGGCAGCCAAGCAAAUGCAGAUGGAAAAAUCAGUAGCAAAAGCUCUGGAAGACGCUGGCUUAGGUGAAAGGGAUGUCACCCCAUUCAUAAGGAUUAGGGUUGUUGGAAUGACUAGCUUAAGUUACAAAGGAGAACACAACCCAAAAAAAGGCAUAGUAACAAUCUGGAAUCCCACGGAGAGACAGAGAACCGAGCUGACGGAGGGAAAGAUAUACAUAAUGAGAGGGCUAGUACCAAUGAACUCAGAUUCAGAUAUACUUUACUUACAUGCCAGAGGGUCUAGCUCAAGAUGGCAGCCUUUGUCUCCAAAAGCUUCUGGAAGUUUUCUGCCCUUUUUCAACCCCCGUAAACCAAUCUCUUUGUCAGAUCUCGGCAAAAUUCCUCUUUCAAGUGAAUUUGAUAUCGCUGCGUACGUUGUAUACGUGGGAAAUACAUACACGGAUGUUCAGCAAAAGAAGCAGUGGGUGUUUGUGACAGAUGGAUCCACUCAACACUCGUAUUCAGGGGAAAUCUCAUGUAAUAUUCUUGCUAUAAGCUUCAGCACCCCAUCCAUGGAUGACUUAUCCAUUCCCCAAAUCAGCCAGAAUCUCGUCGGAUCCGUGGUAGGAUUCUGCAAUCUAAUAAAAAGAGCAAAGGAUGCGCGAAACGACAUGUGGGUUGGUGAGGCAACAGAGAACUCAGUCUACUAUAUAAACGCAGAAGCUUCUUACUCUUCUCACCUCAAAAGCAGCACUGCCUAUAUCCAAAAAUGGGCGAAGCUCUCUUCUUCCAACUCUGUGAUCCAUAAACUUCGGCAGAGAGUUCUAUUUAUAAUCGGUGAUUCUAAAGCACCAUCAUGA